AUGAGCAUGUACGCCAUUGAUCCCACGGAUUUCGUCCGUGCUGAGGAUGACAAAACUUCACUUAGAUUCGAUGACCCACAACAACAAGGUAAAUUUGAAUUAGGAGUUUGCAUGGCCGUAUACAAGUGGGAAGAGUUGAACACAGCUGUUGAAAAUUCAUGGGGAGGUCCCAAUAGCGCGGAAAAGAGAGACUGGCUUUCUGGUGUUGUGAUUGACCUUUUUGAAGAGAAGGCAGUCGAUAACAUUUUGAUCGAGGAAACUUUGCUUUUCGCCAUGGUUGAUGAAUUUGACACUGAGAUCGACAACGACUCGGCCCUUGAAAUUGCCGCUCUCAUAUUGAGACUUUAUAAGGAGUGCUCAGCCAAAAAAUACACCUCUGUGGAUGAACUCUAUGAAAAGUACCAGAAGAAGGCGAAUACUUCAUCAACCAAAAAGAAUAUUAAGGUAGACACAGAUCCUAACAAUCCAAGUUCGGACGAAGAAGACGUUGACGUCGAAGAGGAUGUUCCACAGUUAGUCGAGAGGAUAGAAGAGACCCACAUUGAAGAGCCAAAAGGCCCAGUUGUUGACGACGAUGGCUUUGAGCUUGUGCAGAAGAAGGGUCGUAGACGCUAA